AUCCGCUGCAUGAUGCCCGGCGCAGGCCAGGAUUCAGCACCCGUCCGAUCGCUGUCGGAUACGCCAAACGAUGCCUCUGCGUCGACCUCAGCCGUGGGACGGGCUGCCGAUGCGUCCACCAACGGCGGCAUCACCUCGUCGCAGCAGGGCACCACCUCGCUGCCCAACAUCGUGACGUUCGUGUCCAGCAACCGCACCAACACGGGCCGCAGCCUGGAAGCGACUCGCUCAUCAGACGCACCCCGACGCAGCCUCUCCUAUGCCCUGCGCCCACAUGCAGAGGUCUACUACGACUCGCGGGCCGGAACGCGCAGGGAGUGGAAGCGACGAGAACGGACGCUGCAGGACUACUACGGCAACAACCCCCAGCUGCUGCCCCAGCUGCCGUUUACGUGGCAUCACGGCUGGAAGCGCUGGCGGCUGUUUCUCUUUGCCUUCAUGGUCUUCUUCGACGGCUCGAUAGUGCCCAUCUUGCUCUACUACACGAUGCGAUACGCGGGCAAUGUCGCCGGCUGGAUCAUCUUCGCCGUCGUCACCACCAUCUGGGGCGGGCCGACAUACGUCGAGUUUGCCAUCAGAACGCUGCGCCUGAUGAAGAAGGAGAGGUUCUACCGUCCCCUGGGCACAGAGAGCCGCUGGUGCUUCGACAUCAUCAACUGGACGUCGGUGCUCACCAUCACUGCCGUCACGGCCCUCUUCAUCGUCGGCAGUGCGCCGCACGAGGUCUGGCUGCGCGUGCUCUGCAUGCCAGCUCCGGCCAUUCUGUACUGCAUCGGCGGCGUGCUGGCCCUGAUUACGCUGUUCCACUGUAUGAACUGGCCAGCUCCCUUCCGCCUGAGCUCUACCGGGAAAGGUGAAAAGGUUCUGCCGGGGGUUUACUACUUCAUCGAAGACGUUGUUGCAGUCAAUGCCGGCGCAGGUCGGCCAUUUCGAGAGGCUCUUGCGGCACGUUACCACGCCAGCCCCCGCUUUCGGACAAUGCUGCUCGUCCAGUCGCUGUUCUGGUCCAUUCCUGCUCUUGUCUUGGCCGCCGCCCUGACCGUCGUAGCUCUCCUGCAUCCCAUUCCAGCAACCGUGGCGUACGGAAUAUGCUGGGCCGUACCAUUUAUAUGGUGUGCGAUUUGGGGCGCCAUCACCGUUGUGUGGUGCAAGCGGAACAUGGUUCGGGAGAGACUGGAGUGGGAACAAGAGCAUCCUACCGAAAAACUCGAGGUCACGAGCAGCGAGCCUCUGGCGGCGGUAUAA